AAUAUUCCUAAUUUAUUAGAAAUAAUUAAUAAUUAAUUUAAUUUUCUUCAUCUCCUAAAAGAAAUUAAUUUUCUACGUAUCUUCGCAUGCAUCGCGUGCAUAUAAAAACUAGUUAAUAAUUACCAAAACCCUGGCCCGACAUUCUGCCCAACCCCUAAACUUUAGAAACUUCUCAGCUUCCCUCACUCGUAUGGAAUUCUGAGUUGAUGAAGCUCGUUACAGGGCCCAGGGCGGUCGCUGAUUUCGUCUUUGCAGAUUGGCAGGAACCUCUUUUCUAGUACAUAAUAAUAAAACUUUGUGAUGGGGCAAUAUGAUUUUGAGGAAGAAUUGUGUGACAGUGACGCCGAUGAUUACUUGCAAGAUGAGAUUCGAGCACUUUCAUUGGCUUGUAUGCCUUAUGUUACCUCAGAUGUUGGUGGCAAUCCCUCCACUAGCUCUCGUGGUACCAACUAUGGUGAAUUUUUUGAAGAUGAUGACGACCUAGAUUUGGUUCGAAGUAUAAAGGAGCAAUAUGGGUCAGAAAUUGAUAUUAGCGGGCCAUUGUCUAUGAAACCGCUGACUUCUCUCCCACCUGUUAGUUCUGAUGAUGAUGACGAUGAUUUUGAAACUCUUCGAGCUAUCAAGACGCGUUUUUCCCAAUAUUGUGGGGACGAUGUUGGCGAUGCAGUAGAAAGCAAGAAUGCUACAUGCAUAGACAAGCCACUCCAAGAUGAUGCCAUUGGCACAUCUAUGGGAAGUGAAUAUCUGGAUGUACAUGAAGAUGUAGGACGAGACCCUUGUGACCCUGCUGAGAAUGUGGAGACUUCUAGUUAUUCCUCUAGCUUCCCAACGUCUGCACAAACAUUUAUAGAAGCGAUAAAGAAAAAUAGGUCCUGUCAGAGAUUUAUACGAAAGAAGAUGCUUCAUGUUGAAGCUAGGAUGGAAGAAGUCAAGGAGCUCCAAAAGCGUUUGAAAACACUUGGAGACUUCCAGGUGCAGUGCAAAAAGAAGAUCGGUCGAGCAUUAUCUCAGAAGCAGGAUGCUCGUAUCCAGCUUAUCUCAACUCAGAAGCAGAGAGCUAAUGUAAAGGGUUCUGAGAAAAAUGUUUCUGCCAUGAUUUUCGGUCCAUUGGAGAAUUCCCAUGUUGCUCGGUACAAGACCGCUUUAGAAAAUUUUCCACUGUCAUUUCAGCGUGAGAAAUGGUCAAAGGGUGAAACACAACAUCUUGAGAAAGAAAUAGUAAAGCAAUUUCAGGAAAGCUUGUUCCAAAGAUCUGCUGAUGUUCUAAGUGCUCUGGAGGAACCUGGCUUUGCUAAUGGACUGGAUGACAUGAUAUCAUCAAUCACAAAUCUUGACAUUACUCCGGAAAUUAUCCAAGAGUUUUCGAGGAAGGUAGACUGGAAUGAAUUGGCUUCUGGCCCUAGGUUUACUCGGCGUUCUGGAACAGAAUGUGAGGCAAGGUGGUUAAAUUAUGAAAACCGUCUGAUCAACCGAGAUAUUUGGACACCAGACGAGGAUAAGCAUCUUUUGCUUCUCAUCCAAAAGAAUGGAAUUCAUAAUUGGAGUUAUAUAGCUGAAAAGUUAGAGACUAACAGGACUCCAUUCCAAUGCUUGGUACGUUAUCAAAGGAGUCUUAACGCCAGCAUAUUGAAAAGAGACUGGACAGAGGAAGAAGAUACUAAAUUGCGUUCUGCUGUGGAGUCUUUUGGGGAGAGUAAUUGGCAAGCUGUUGCUUCUGUAUUAGAAGGACGGACAGGUACUCAGUGCUCUAAUAGGUGGAAGAAAACUUUGCUUCCAGCAAGACAAAAGGUGGGGAAGUGGAGUAUAAGUGAAGAUAAACGUUUAAGGGUUGCUGCCACUCUUUUUGGACGUAAAAGCUGGUAUAGAAUAGCCCAGUUUGUGCCUGGAAGAACCCAAGUACAGUGUAGAGAAAGAUGGGUCAAUAUUCUCGAUCCAUUUUUGAAUCAUGGUAAAUGGACUGAAGAAGAUGAUAUGAGGUUAAAAGAAGCAAUAGCAGAAUAUGGAUAUUGCUGGUCCAAAGUUGCUGCCUGUGUUUGUUCACGAACAGAUAACCAGUGCCGUAGGAGAUGGAAGGUGUUGUUUCCUAAUGAAGUUCCGCUGCUUAAAGCUGCUAGAGAUAUAAAGAGGGCUGCUCUUAUAUCAAAUUUUGUUGAUAGGGAGUCAGAACGUCCUGCACUUGGGCCGAGUGACUUUGUCCAUUUGCCUAUUACUGACUCAACUCUUGCAGAGGAAAUUGAAAAUGUUCCAAAUGCACGAAAGAAGAAAAGUAGGAAAGCACAUCCAACUAGAGAGCUCGCCUCCUGCCGCGAUCAGAAGGAGCGUGGAUUAAGGAAGCGUAAGAAAAUUGAUCGAUCACCUGAGAGCAAUAAUGACUGUGAUGAUGCACGGAACAAUAUUGGGAAUGGUUCCUCUAACAAUAAGAAGAGAAGGGCCAGUAAAUCAGGUUCCAAGAAAAAGAAACAUACUGGAAACCUUAAUAUUGCAACAGAACCCAAGAAUUCAUGUAAAAGCACAAAAUCACAUGAUGACAGAGAAAUAGAGGCCUGGGACAUUCCAAUUGGGACCAGUUUGAGAAGACCACGGGGAGUGAGGGUGAAGGAGAUUCCUUUGAUUAGGAAUCUUGGUGGGUCUCAGGCUUCUGACAUACAUGAUAUACAUGACACUGAGAUGAGUGCAACUACCUUUGUGCAUUGCUCAAAUCAGAAUAAUGGUCCUGAAAUCCUGCAUGGUCAGUCGACUUCUUCUGAUUCACAGUUGAGGAUACAUGAAGAAGAAACGUUAGAACUGUCAAGCAUACAUACUUUACUCGGGAAAAAGAAGUCCUCUAAAUUGCAACCAAGGAGGCCUUCAGCUGAGACAAUUCUUGGAGAGAAAAACUAUGUUGCCAUGGAGUUAAGAACAUCUAAUGAUGACAAUGAGACCCAUUCUGUGAAUAUAACUGGCUCAAGUAAGCAGAAGAAAAGCACGUUGCAUAUUGAUCAAGACAUAGAAUGGGAAGACUUGCCCUUGGCUAGUCUUUUUCAUGGGUCUGUUACUCGCAUACAGAAGAGGAAGUCCAAUUGACUUCUUGGAGAGGAUACUAUCUGAAGAAGACUUAGAGAUGAAGAACAGGCUAUAUUGACAAGGGAGAUGGUUGAUUGCCCUGAUGUAUCAUUGACUUGUGGAAAUAAAAGGGUUGGUAUUAUGCAUGGGUUUCAGCAUUAGUGCACAAUUGUUGGCCAUCAAGUAUUGGACUGUUUUGGAGGUGGUGAUCAGUGAUGACUGAGCUAUUGCCUAUUCUGCAGUGACCUCUCCAAGGGAGGUAGUGUGCAGCGUUUAUUGCUCAUUUCUUGUCUUGCCCGUGUUUCUACAAGUCCGUCACCUAUUCGAACGACGACGUCCAUCUAACUAUCAAGUGAUUUCUUUUGGGCAUCCUGUCUCUCUUUGACAUUCCCGUCCCAAACAACAGAAGAUAUAUGUGCUCCAAGUAUGGAUCUGAAACUGGUACCAGACAUUUUUCUGUAGCUAUCUUGCUUCACCGACUUGGUUUUCUUGGUUAUGUGAGAGGCUAUUCCAGUAACGAAUCCUGUGGAUCACCUUUAAGGACUCUUAUCUUCCAAGUGUUGCUUUGAUGCACCAAUAGCUGCUGUUGAGGCAUAUGAAGUCGAUGAUGUUGAACAGCAAGUUUGGUGCUGAAUAUUACAGCAUCACAGUUGGCCUAAAAAGUGCCAAUGGUUGAAGUUGCUCUGUUCACUAAGCUGAAUCAUGACCGAGGAAUGUACUAUGAUGCCUGCCAAAUUUGCUAUACUCUUUGAUUGUUGUGGCGGUUUUCCAGAGCAUCUCAUCUUUUUAUCUGUGUGAUUAAAAUGCUCUUAUGGGCUGUGCUACUGUAGUAUUUUAGCAUGUUAUGAUCACAACAUUUUAAUCUUUUGUGUAAGGUUGGCAAGAAGUGUCGUAUUGAAUUGAAAUUUUGUAUAGGUUAACUUGGUCUAAACUAUAUAGGUAAGAGUAAGACCAGGGUGUAGGAAAAAGGGUAGAGGAAAUCGCUUUCGCAAAGUGCCUCGGCUAGGAUUUGAUUCUACAACUUCUUGCAAGAUAUAACCUAAUAUCAUUAGGGCUUAAACAAUGGAAAGUAGCUUAGAGAAAAAGAGUCUGUAGUCUGUAGUCUGUACUCUGUAGGGGUUAAAAUUUUAGGUAAUUGAUUAUUUUUCCCGUUUAGUGGCUGAUUACAAUUUUCCUACUACAAGGUUAUGACCGAGUUUAGCAUGUUUGUAUAUUUAUUGUGGUAUUUAUAAUUAUUUCGACUUUUAUUUUA